AUGCGCAUAUACAUACGGAGUACGGCGCACACGCGUACAGACAGUGCAAGAGGUGGUAGCCAGCCAUCCACGGCUCCGUAUGGGGCUGGGAUGGGAGGGGAGAAGCGAGGUGUUGCUGCCAGCAGCGGACCCAACAAGGGUCAGCCAGUCAUUCAGUCAUUCAGUCAGUCAGUCAGCCAAGGGUCGUCUCAUCAGGGGGCACAGGGCCAGGGCACAGGGCAGGGCAUGGCAGGGCUUGGGGAAGGCGUGGGAAGGGAAGGCAAGGCAAGGCGAGGCAAGGCGAGGCAAGGCAGGGCCCGCGGUGGCAGACCAUCUCGGUUACCUGCCUGA